AUGUCGUCCUUCAAGUCUUCUGUCGAUGUCAUUACAUUGAUCGAGAGAAGCGAUGAACACUCCAUUCCCGAUAUGCCCCCUAUGAAGCGCUUUGGGUAUGCGGUUGGCGUCCUUGGUUUCGCCGCCCUAAAGGGCAACUACACCGUCAAUGGGUUCAAGGACACUAUCUGCCACUAUGUGGCUACCUUGAAGCGCGGCCUCGCCGAAGCCGACACGAAUGAGCUCGUCGAGAAGCUUCAGCACAGAGAGCUGCUUUGCGCAGAUAUUCUCUGCGCCCUGCUCCACCUGGAGCAGAAGCGGAAUGAUACCUCUAAGGAUAUUAAUUUGAACGAGGUCGUUAUCUCUGACAACAACGAUUCGGUCCACAGCAAUGUCGAGAUUGUCGUCGACAAUGAGUUGUCCGUCGAUGAGCACAACUCGGAUUGGGAGUUCGACUUCAUCAACGAGAGCGAGGUAGAGGCGUCUGAGGCAGAUAGUGCGGAGUGGGACCUUGUUUCGGAGAUGUCCGAUUACAUGUAA